CCUGGUGACAGGCCCUCCUCAUCGCUCUCCCCAGCCACCUCACUCACUCACUCACUAACUCACACACGGAUUAUUACUACAGCUAGUCACUCUCAUCGCGCUUCACUCCCUCUGCCUUCCAUCCUCACACACACUCUUGACCCAAUCUCGCCUCCAUCUCACCUAACUUGUUUACCGAAGCAUUACAGAGCCCUCAGGUAAACUUUAUUACCGCGCCUCACCUGGACUGGGUUUCCUAUAAGAGCUACCAGCUGCUGGCCCGAGAGAAGCACACGUCAGAGGUAAAAUCAGAAUACAAUAUGGUGGACUCAGAUGCCCUGAAGUACUCCAUCCUGAAGAAAGAAGAAUCACAGGAAGUGGUGGACUUCCUGGCACAACAUUUCUACCCAAGGGAACCUCUGAGCACUGGCCUACAUAUGACUUAUCAAGACAACAGGGAGUGGAUACCAAAUUCAGUAUUGGAGUGGGCACAAAGUGGAGUGUCAGUGAUAGCAAGGGAACCAGACACAGGCAAGAUGGCUGGCAUUCUACUAGGCACCAUUCUGACUCGUGAACAGUCCAAAACCUAUCAGCAUGCCCUUAACAGCCCGAAGACCAAGGUGAAGACUUUGCACACAGUCCUUUCAGUGCUGGAAACUGCUGUUGACUUUUUCAAAUGCUAUCAAAAUGUAGACCGCAUUUUAGAGCUCGCCAUGAUCACAGUGCCUGAGAAGAUGUCAGGUCGUGGUGUAGGCAGACGCCUGGUUCAGGAGAGUGAACAUCUGGCCUGCCAACAGGGGUGUCAGCUAGCUACAAGCCAGGCCACAGCAGUGCCUUCACAAAAGCUCUUACAACGUCUGGGUUAUGAGUCUCUCUAUACUCUGGAUUAUACCACUUUUGAGAUUGCUGGGGAACGUGUGUUUGAUGUUGAUAAGAUGUUGGGCACAACCUCUGCCAAGGUGAUGGUUCAUGAGCUCAAGCCAGAGGAUAAACAGCUCCACUCUAAGGAGUGAUUCAUUCAGCUGACUUUCCUUAACAAAAAAUGGCCUCUGCCAUCCCCAUGCCCAGCAACAUGCUUCAGCCCUACAAUCAUGGGAUGAGAUACUCAAGUAGUCCCUCCUUUGUCCCUUCCCUUUUC